UUUACGGCCGUGCCGUAAAGCGCCUCGGCCGGGCGCGCUAGCGGCUGGCGCCCUUGAAAGGGAACGGCCAUGAGCGGGAAUGGCGGCAACAGGGCCCUGGAGCUGCUGCGCUCGCUGCCCAGGGUCAGCCUGGCCAACUUGAGACCCAACCCCGGCUCCAGAAAGCGGGAAAGAAGACGUGGCCGUGGAAGAUACGGAGGUAGGAAGUGUGGCCGAGGUCACAAAGGACAAAGACAAAGAGGAAAUCGCCCCCGAUUAGGCUUUGAGGGUGGUCAAACUCCAUUUUACUUGGUCAUACCAAAAUAUGGAUUUAAUGAGGGACAUAGCCUCAGACGUCAGUAUCAACCACUCAGUCUUCAGAGACUGCAGUACCUGAUUGAUUUGGGUAGAGUUGACCCCACACAACCAAUUGACUUAACACAGCUCAUCAAUGCCAGAGGUGUAACAGUGCAACCUCUCAAGAGGGAUUACGGUGUCCAGCUGGUGGAGGAGGGUGCUGAUAUUUUUUCAGCAAAAGUAAAUAUUGAAGUGCAGAGGGCAUCUGAGUUAGCAAUUGCAGCCAUAGAAAAAAAUGGAGGUGUUGUGACAACAUCAUUCUAUGACCCAAGGAGUUUGGGAAUUUUGUGUAAGCCAGUACUGUUUUUUCUGCGUGGCCAGCCUAUUCCGAAGCGAAUGCUUCCACCUGAAGACCUAGUACGUUACUACACAGAUGCCGGGAGCCGGGGUUACCUGGCAGAUCCAUCUAAGGUCGCAGAAGCCAGGCUUGAGCUUGCCAAGAAAUACGGCUACAUCUUACCAGACAUCACCAAGGAUGAACUAUUUAAGAUGUUAAGCGCACGCAAGGAUCCUAGACAGAUAUUUUUUGGUCUUGCUCCAGGAUGGAUUGUAAACCUGACAGACAAGAAAAUUCUAAAACCAACUGAUGAGAGUCUCUUGAAAUACUAUAGCACAUGAAUUCAGGACUGGAGACAGCUGCAGGUGUUCAGGAAACAUCUGGGUAUGAAAUAAUGGAUAGAAGUGGUGUGUUGUUUGUUUGUUUCUAAGACUUCUAUUAUACUAGACGAAACAUAAAUUUUUGUUCAUGUAAUCUUCUGGUGUAGCUCUCAACUUUUUUAUUGUCAUAACACAGUGUAUCAAAAGUCUUAAAAUUGAAAACAGUAUAGAAUCUGAUAUAAAGUACGGGUUUGGGCACUUUCUCUUGUGAUGGUUUGCCAGUGUUUUUUUCAGACAGAGGGUUUUCAUAUUGCAUUGGUUUCAGAGGAUAAUUCCAAAGUGUAGUUUGACCUAAUAAUUGGUUUAUAUUUCCCCCUUCAAUUUAAAAUUGGAAAUAUGACUGUACAGACCUAAUAUUAGUUUUACAAUAGUAUUACGUAAAAUUAUAAGUUUUAGAAAAUGUAUCUUGACUACCUCUAAGAGGCAAACCAUCUAUUUUUGGUUGAGGAAAAAUAAAAACAGCAGGAAAUAACAAAGUUCAAAAGGUUUCAUUAACUUCUCCCAUUCCAUAGCUGUGUUUUGGAUUUUGCCAUUUCCAUCAGUAGCACUAGAGCUUGAGAGGUCUUGACUUUUGUCCUAUUUCUUCAUAUGCAAUUGAGAAAGACAGGGUGUGCAGUUUGAAGUAACUUUCUAUCUACACUUGGGGGAGGGAAAAGAUUGCUCUUAAAUCAAUGGCUUUUAUUAUUCAAACAGAAUUUAAACUUGUCCAGACAGAAUUGUAAUGUCAUUAAUAAAAAUGCAUUGGAGAAUCCAGAGUCGUUGAAUGACAGUGGCUGUAGAUUAUGAAGGAUGGGGAUGUGACGGACAAAGUACACAGGAUUCAGUUUCCAGCUUGGUCACAGGUUGCAUCUCUGACAGUGGACAAAUGAAUUUAAAUAUUGUGAGAAGGUAUGAACAAACUGUUUUUUAUGAAAAACAGUGUUUUAAUCACACCAACUUGUUACAGUCUUGAAAAAUAUUUUCCAACAAACUUUUUUUUUAUCAGUCUCUCCAGAAUACUGCAUUAUUACUAUGCAAGAAUAUUUUAGGUUUCAUACAGAAGCUUAGGAUCGGGUCUUUGGGAUGAUGAGCCAGGCAGUAAAGAUGGGUGAGAGAGGAGACCGAGUUAGCCUAUCAGAACUUACUCUGAUUCCUUGGAAGUUAAUGAGCUGCUUCACAACUACGUGGUCUAGUGGAAGCUGAUUUGGCUUUAAAAUAGGGAUAAUUUGGUUAUUAGAAUGCAGGAAACAGUCCAGGAGAUCAGAACACGAGAAGUCGUCUUGCUUUCCAAUUUUCAUGUGCCUUUGCAAAUGCUGCUUAGAGUUUCCUGUAGCUGCCAAACCAUCCUAUCUCCUAGAGGAAGUCCUCUGUGUACCAGAAUCUCCUGUUUCUCCUGUGUAACACCUGUAUUUUCUGGGAUGCCUCAGUGGGGGAGGAUUUAAAAACAAUUUUCUUUUUGUUUCAGAGAAUAAAAAGAAGUGGAUGAAUUUUUGUUGGUGUUUGUCAACCAGCCCAGAUUUUUCCUUCACUUAGCAACCUGCCUUGUCAAUUAAUAUGAGCAUCUGUAAUCACAAAACAAAAUAAAACAAGUCUUCUAUUCUCAUUCUGAUUAAAUAAUCUGAAAUCAA